AACUCCAUUUCCCAUGAUCCUUUAGUGGAGCAUGUGACCACUCCAAAGGGAGGAGGAGAGAGGCAACAGGAAGGGAGCAAAAAGCUUGCCAUGUAAACCCAGGAGUAAAGAACUGUAUCUGCAUGCUUUGCAACCCGCUUUAUGUCCUAGAAUGUAGGGCUGCCCCGCUCUCCCCGAACCGCCAUGGCCGACGGGAGCAUGGAGCUCAAGGCGGAGGGCCUUCCGGGGCCUAGAUCCAUGGAUCUGGAGGAGGUCCCGGAUCUCCAAGACGGUGCCUCCACCCAAGAAGAGCCUGGGCCGCUGUGUGCUGACUUAGGAGCCCCACUGGCACCUCCCAACGUGGGGGCUGGGGCCUCCGGAAUGGACCCCACGGAGACAGCGGAGGGACAGGCAGACAUGGGGCUCCUGGAAGGACCCAGGGAUACCAUGGAGGACGUUGCCACCACGCUCCCGCAGGAGCCUCCCCCAAAGUGGGUGCCAGAUCGGGUCCCAUCCGCAGAAGGGGACGCCACCCUCGUUGCUCCGUCGAUGGAGUUGGAGGAGGAAGAGGACGGCUCCGUUCCCGGCGCGGACCUCAUCCGAGACCUCCUCGAGCGGCUCGACCCGCAAUUCCGAGACAAUUCGCAGUCAUCCUCCUCGCACUUCCGAGACAAUUCGCAGUCAUCUUCCUCGGACGGCGAAGAGCAAAGCCUUCUCCCCGAGGGGGGGGAUCCGCCGGGAGAAGUCGGCCCGUGCCUGCUGCAUAUCGCCACCGGCUUAGGGGUCACCGCCACCCACGGGCCACGGAAAAGUCGGGGUUUGCUCUCGGCCGACACCGAACGGGAGGACCUGCUUGGGCUCCUCCGCUACGAAGGGGGCGUCCCGGGUGAAGCGGACGAGCGGACCCCCUUGGCCCACGCGGAGGCCGUUUCGGGGGGCGAAAGGGCCGGGACGGAAACGGGGCCACCCUCCACGGCGGGUCCAAAGGAAGAAGAGGCCACACCGGAGACAGCGAGCGAGCGGUUGGCAGAAGAGAACAAAAUCGAUACCUCCUCCUCCUCCGUCCCAGUUUACCAAGAAGACGACCUCUCGGCCGUAGCGCCGGGUCCUUGUGACCCCGAAGACCUGCGCGAAGGGGUCCUCUUUGCGGCGAAAUACCUGGGCUCCACGCAGCUGGUUUCAGAGAGGAACCCCCCGAGUAGUGUCCGCAUGGCGCAAGCCCAGGAGGCCAUGGACCGGGUGAAGGCUCCGGAAGGGGAGUCCCAGCCCAUGACGGACGUGGAUCUCUUCAUCUCGACUCAGAGGAUCAAAGUCCUUACGACCGACUCCCAGGAAGCCAUGAUGGACCACCCGCUGCAGACCAUUUCUUUCAUCGCGGAUAUCGGGAACGUGGUUGUGCUGAUGGCGCGCCGGAAACUCCCUCGCCGGACGGACUCUUCCCCGGAGAAGCCGCUCUACAAAAUGAUCUGCCACGUCUUUCACUCGGCCGACGCCCAGCUGGUUGCACAAGCCAUCGGCCAGGCCUUCAGCGUGGCUUACCAGCUCUUCCUGAGAGCGAGCGGCAUCAGUCCUCAUCGAGUGGGGCCUCGCUCUCCGGGUCCCGGCGCUGACGAAGAAGACGACGAAGACGCCGCCGCCAUCCGGGCGCAAGGCGAGGAUUUGUACAACGCCGACCUGGCCCACUUCUCCAAGCAAGAGAACUGCGAGAAGGUUGUGAUCACGAAGCCGAAGGGGGCGAUCCUGGGCCUGGCGGUGGUGGAGUCCGGCUGGGGCUCCCUGCUGCCCACAGUAGUUAUCGCCAACCUGAUGCACGGGGGGCCGGCCGAACGGUCGGGAAAACUGAGCAUCGGGGACCGUAUCACGGCCGCCAACGGGACCAGCCUGGUGGGGCUGCCCUUGGCCACCUCGCAGAGCAUCCUCCGGGAGCUGAAGAACCAGACCGAGGUGACCCUCAGCGUGGUCCACUGCCCGCCAGUCACCACCGCCAUCGUGCGGAGGCCCGACACCAAGUUCCCGUUGGGCUUCUGCGUGGAGAACGGCAUUAUCUGCAGCCUGAUGCGCGGGGGGAUUGCCGAGCGUGGGGGCAUCCGUGUGGGCCACCACAUCCUGGAGGUCAACGGGCAGAGCGUGGUGGCCAUGCCCCACCAAAAGGUCAUCCAGAUCCUCACCGAAGCCGUCCGCGAGGUCCGGAUCAAAACCAUGCCGGCUUCGACCUACCGCCUUCUGACCGGUCAGGAACAGCCGGUCUUCCUCUGAGCAAACCGAAGGCCUUGAAAGACUUUGACAAACGGUUGCCUUUCGUUUCUUUUGUUGUCGUUUUUCUCGUUGCAUUUUUUCCCUUGUGUUGUUAUGGUGUGAUGGAGUGUGGUUAGGACUGGAUUAAAAGGCAUUUUUUAAAAAGUCUGUUUAAAAAAGAAGCAAAAAGAGAUAUAGUGCGGUCGAAAAAACUUUAUUACAAAGGUCCCCAUCAAAAAAAAUACUAUAUACAUAUACACACAUAUGUGUAUACACACACACACACACAUACAUCAUAUAUAGAGAGAGGGGAGAUUAUUAUUAUUAUUAUAUUAUGACACAGCAAACAAGAUAGAUAUGCUGGAUUUCGUAUAUUAAUAAUAAUAUUAUAAUAAUAAUAAUAUAAUAAUAUAAUAAUGGAAUAAUAAUAAAUGAUACAAAAUCUAUUAUUAUUAUUUUAUUAUGACACAGCAAACAUGAUAGGUAUGCUGGAUUUCGUAUAUUAUUAAUAAUAAUAAUAUAAUGGAAUAAUAAUAAAUGAUACAAAAUCCAUUAUUAUUAUUAUUAAUUACAUUUAUAUCUUCUCACCCCAAAGGGGCUUACAAAUCAAAUGAACAUACAAUAUAUUUUUAGUACAGCACAAUAUAAGCAUUAAACUACUAUAUUGUACUAUAUCAUUAUAUGGUAAUAUUAUUAGUAAUAUUACAUUUAUUUAAUAUAUAAUAUAUAAUUAAUAUUAGUAUAUUGUAUUAUUAGUAGUAUAAUAUUGUAUUCCAUUGUAUACAUAUUGUAUAUGUGUGUGUGUAUAUGAAAGUGUGUGUAGGAUAUGUAUAUGAUCCUAUAUAUGUAUGUACACAUAUACGUAUACACACAUACAUAUUGUUUAUAUAUAGAGAGGGGAGAUUGUGUGUCUGUGUAUAUAUGAAUAUGUGUGUAGGAUAUGUAUAUAUAGGAGUAUGUGUAUAUACACAUACACACACACACACACCACACACACACAUAUAUAGGAUUCACACACAGGAUAUGUGCGUGUGUAGGGUGUAGUAUAUUGUAUGUAUAUAUAGGAAUAUAUAUACCGUGUGUGUUUAUAUAUACACAUAUAUAUAAUCCUAUAUGUAUGUAUGAGAUCCUAUAUAUAUAUAUAUAUAUAUACACACACGCACGCACACAUACACACACUCUUCUUCAUUCGUGUAUAUAUAUAUACACACACACCUAUAUAUCAUAUCCUACACACACACACAUCCUACAUAUACAUUCACACACAUACACCUGUAUAUACAUAUUGUAUCCUACACACUAUAUAUAUGUGUGUGUGUGUGUAUAUAUACACACACAUAUAUAUAGUGUGUGUAGGAUACUAUAUGUAUAUAUAGGUGUAUAUGUAUGUAUGCGUGUGUGUGUAUAUAUAUACACAUACAUAUAUAUGUGUGUGUAUAUAUAUAUACACACACACACACACACAUAUAUAGUGUGUAGGAUACUAUAUGUAUAUAUAGGUAUAUGUGUGUAUAUGUAUGUAUUUAUGUGUAUAUAUACACACACACAUAUAUAUAGUGUGUAGGAUACUAUAUAUAUAGGUGUAUGUGUGUAUAUGUAUGUAUACAUACAUAUAUAUAUAUAUACACACACAUACACCUAUAUAUAUAGUAUUCUACACACUAUAUAUAUAUGUGUGUGUGUGUAUAUAUAUACACACACACAUAUGUACACACACACAAACACGCAUACACACAUAUAUAGGGUGUAGGAUACUAUAUGUGUAUAUAUAUGUGUGUGUGUGUGUAUAUACACACACAUAUAUAUAUAGUGUGUGUAGGAUACUAUAGGUAUAUAUAGGUGUUUGUGUGUAUAUGUAUGUAUUUAUGUGUAUAUAUACACACACACACACACACACACACAUAUAGUGUGUAGGAUACUAUAGGUAUAUAUAGGUGUAUGUGUGUAUAUGUGUGUAUACAUACAUAUAUAUACACACAUACAUACAUAUACACACAUACACCUAUAUAUAUAGUAUUCUACACACUAUAUAUGUGUGUGUGUGUGUGUAUAUAUAUACACACAUAUGUACACACACACAAACACGCAUACACACAUAUAUAGUGUGUAGGAUACUAUAUGUGUAUAUAUAUAUAUAUGUGUGUGUGUGUGUGAAUGUAUACAUAGGAUAUAUAUGUGUGUCUGUAUUAGAUAUUCCUACAAAUGGAGAAUAACAAAUCUUGUUGCACAAAACACAGUAAACACCCCACCCCAAAAAAAACCCACAGUAUUAAAAAUAUAAUGUCUCUGAAACAUAUGCAAACGUCCUCUUUUCAGUAGAUACAAAUAAGCCCGUUUGGCUUCCAAACCCAUCCCGUUCGGAAUCCUGGGAUUUGCAGUUUCCUAACGGGCUUCGCACACUCCGACAUUUAACCGGGAGGAAAGGGGACAGAUUUGUCAGUGGGGAGACACAGGCCUCCAAGAAAGGUGCCGGACUACAACUCCCAAGUUGCUGGGCUAGAGGUCGGUGGCCGGACCCCAUCCGUAGCCGUCGUCGUCGUCGGACUCUGAGUCGUAAGCCCGGGCCUUGGUGAACUUCUUCUGCAGGGCCUCGCGCUCGUAUUCCCUGCGAAAAGAAUACAAACAUCAGCAGCUGAGAAUCGUAUUGGGCUUGUUUGCUGCAGCAUCACACUCCCGGCUUAUGUCAAAGGAUCCAUAUAAAAGUACCUGAUGUCUGCGUCUUGCCGCCACUGUCCUUGCGGUUGCUGGUUGUUGUCGUGCUGUUGGAAGACAACACAACAAAUCAGACAUUGGGGAGAUGGUGGCGGGGUAUAAAUAAAGUUUUAUUAUUAUUAUUAAA